AUGGGUCUCACCCUGCACGUGACCUGCUGUGCACUGACUGGCCAGGCUCCGAACUGGUUCUCCACUCUGCUUCUUCCCCUCCCAGUGCCUCCCAACACUGCAGACCUGGCAAUGGGACUCGGCACCCAGCCCGGUGACCCUGUUCUCUCCACCACCCCUGCGGCUUUGCCCCUCGUGGAUGGACACUCCGCACAGCUGGACCACACAGUGUGCGGCUCCUGUGGCUGCUUCUUUUACUUAGCACCACAUUUUCACAUGGCCCAGCCCUCUACUCCCUUCUGCGGAAAUGCUGACCCACAGGAUCAAGCCAGGAUAAUUAGAAUGCCCGUCGUCUCACGCGUGGGCCUCGCUUUGAGGGACAGCAUCUAUUAUCCAUGCCAGCUGUUCACAGCGUACCAUGUGGCCUGUGCCUCCCCGGUGACCAGCGCCCUGUCAAGCAAUGGAAAGCACCAGAGCGUUUCCUGUGAUGCAGCUGUGACCUUGGCCCUUGGAAACAGCCGGAGGAUCCAGCUGAGCCAGCCCGGGAGGACAGAGGGCACGGUGCAGACUGGAGAACGGCGAAGAAGUCACGGGGGGCUUUGGGGCCGAGAGGCCGCUCUGGCGGGAGGCACCACCACGAUCAUCGACUUUGCCAUCCCUCCGAAGGGCGGCUCCCUGCUGGACGCCUUCCACACCUGGAGACGCUGGGCUGACCCCAAAGUCUGCUGCGACUACAGCCUGCACGUGGCCGUGACGUGGUGGAGCGAGCAGGUCAAAGAAGAAAUGGCAAUCCUCACCCGGGAGAAAGGUGUUAACUCCUUCAAGAUGUUUAUGGCCUACAAGGACACGUUCAUGGUGCGAGAUCCAGAGCUGUAUGCUGCCUUCAAACAGUGCAAGGAGAUUGGAGCCAUUGCCCAGGUCCACGCGGAAAACGGAGACCUAAUUGCAGAGGAGGCCAAGAAGAUGCUGGCGCUGGGCAUCACGGGCCCCGAGGGCCACGCGCUGUGCCGGCCCGAGGUCGUGGAGGCGGAGGCCACCCUCCGGGCCAUCACCCUGGCCAGCGUGGUCAGCUGCCCCCUCUACGUGGUGCACGUGAUGAGCAGGUCUGCAGCCAAGGUCAUCGCAGACGCCCGGAGAGAGGGGAAAGUGGUCUAUGGAGAGCCCAUUGCGGCCAGCCUGGGCACCGAUGGCACUCACUACUGGCACGAAGAGUGGAGCCACGCAGCACACCACGUCAUGAGCCCGCCACUGCGGCCAGACCCUUCCACACCAGGAUUCCUCAUGAACCUGCUGGCUAACGAUGAUCUGACCACAACAGCUACUGACCACUGUACCUUCAACACCUGCCAGAAAGCGCUUGGGAAGGACGACUUCACCAAGAUUCCCAACGGGGUGAACGGUGUGGAAGACCGGAUGUCAGUCAUCUGGGAGAAGGGCGUGCAUAGUGGUAAAAUGGAUGAAAACAGAUUUGUGGCAGUUACCAGCACAAAUGCAGCCAAAAUCUUCAAUCUCUACCCGAGGAAAGGAAGAAUAGCUGUGGGGUCUGAUGCUGACAUUGUGAUCUGGGACCCGAACGCCACCAGGACCAUCUCAGCUAACACUCACCAUCAGGCUGUGAACUUCAACAUUUUCGAGGGCAUGGUCUGCCAUGGGGUGCCGCUGGUGACCAUUUCAAGGGGCAAAGUGGUGUACGAGGCGGGAGAGCUCAGCGUCAGCCCUGGACAUGGGAAGUUUAUUCCACGUGAACCGUUUGCUGAAUAUGUUUAUAAACGCGUCCAGCAGCGAGACCAGACAUGCACGCCCGCCCCGGUGCAGCGGGCACCGUACAAGGGAGAAGUCAUCGGCCUGAUGACCAGAGAGGCACCGGAGGAUGCCACAGCGGGGACCGGGACGCAGGCCACCUCCUGAGAGGGUGCCAGGUGGAAUCAGAGGGAAAGACACCACGGCUCCCUCCGGCCAGCGAUGUUGGCCUCCUCUCUGCACCGUGAGACCCAGGCCUCAUGGUUCCCUCCCAGAAGCAACCGCUGUCCCCUCAGCUGCACCUUGUUGCCUGAGACUGAGGUAGAAACGUGUGUCCCCACCGCGGGACACCUGCGUGUCAGCUCCUCCACUGGAUUUUCCAAGACCACCUCGGCAGUGCUGGGUUUCUUCCUCUGAAUUAAAAAAAAAUUACCUUCUGUCUUGUUUAAAGGUUUUAAAAUGGCUAACUUGUUUUAAGCCAGUGCUGUGAUUUUGCAUCUGGUGUGAUUAAUAAACCCUGAGAGCUUCAUCUUACUGUGCCCCUGAGCCGAGUGGGUGCCCUAGCUGGUGCACCAGCCCCCAGAGUGUGGUGUCUGCUGGGCCCUGAUGGACCCUUCUCAUCCAGCUGGGCGCCCAGCCCAGGAGGUCGGGUCCCAGGCUCAGGUGCAGCUCACCUGGCUCUACCCUGGCAUUGCCUGUCACACCCGACCCUGUGUGCAGAGCUGAGCCUCUGUUUCUUCUCCUGGGUGCAGAGGUCAAGAGGGGUUUUAAACACAAAGCCGGGCGGCUGUUCCCCUGUGGCCACCUGCCUGGCCUGCCCACUUGGAUCUGUCGCCACUCAGGAAGGGGAGCAGGAGCCAGGGCACCCAGAGGGGACUGUAAUUCUUCCUUCUCAGAUGCCUGAAAGUGUUCUACUUUUCUCCUGUACUUUGGUUGACACAGAAACCUCACAGAGGAACAGCAGAGUCCUGGGAAAGG